UCAACUACUUCUCUUUCUUAACUUCCUCCUCUCACUCACUUCCUCCUGCUCUGCAGAGUAUUUCACCCUGACUCUCCCAGCCCGGAACGCCCUGGACACUUCUUAGCAGCAUCUCCACAGCUGAGCACUGCAUAUACCGCUUGCUGACACCCGAGAACAUCUGCUGACACCAGAGAACAGAAGCCAAUCAAACCACCAAGGGAUCAUCCACUGUACACGAUCGACCUUCUUCUUGAGAUCUACUAUAACCCCUGUGGUCCAUACCUGCAAGAUAUCUCAAGUCAUCCAGAAGACAUCUGCAAUCUUUCCCACAGAUAUGAGAGAUUGCUAACAAAGAACACAACUUCCAGGAUGCAGACCAUUAAGUGUGUGGUAGUCGGUGAUGGAGCUGUUGGGAAGACCUGCCUCCUCAUCUGCUACACAACCAAUGCCUUCCCCAAGGAGUACAUCCCCACCGUCUUUGACAACUACAGUGCUCAAAGUACAGUGGAUGGAAGAACUGUUUGCUUAAAUCUAUGGGACACUGCGGGACAAGAGGAAUACGACCGUCUACGGACACUGUCCUACCCACAGACUAACGUCUUCAUCAUUUGCUUCUCCAUCGCUAGCCCCCCAUCUUAUGAGAACGUCAAGCAUAAGUGGUAUCCAGAGGUGGGGCACCACUGCCCCAAUGUGCCAAUCCUCCUGGUAGGAACUAAGAAGGAUCUCAGGGGCAACCAAGAGUUCAUCAAAAAGAUGAAGGAGCAGAACCAGGUGCCAAUCACCCACCAACAAGGGGUCAGCCUGUCCAAGCACAUCCAUGCCGUGAAGUACAUGGAGUGCUCAGCCUUGAACCAUGAAGGUAUCAAAGAAGUCUUCAGUGAGUCAGUGAGAGCUGUCCUAAACCCAAACCCAAUCAAAAAGAAGAGCCCGUGCUUCCUACUGUGAUGUCAUCCUCCUUCCCCCCAUCAGUGAGAUUUUCACCAUUCACAGACUUGUAGACAUCUUAUAUCUGUUGGGUGAAGACAACUCAUUCAAUGUCGGGCGCAAUACUGUGAACCUGAAUGCAGAACAUUAGCUUUUUGGUUGGAAACGUUCCUUUUUGAGUUUUUAAUGAGACAUUUUGCUUCUUAUAAGUAUCAGUUGUGGCUAUGAAGAACUGAGAGCUUCCUUUCCUGGGACCAGUGACUGUACACAGCAGUAAUUUUUCUUUAUAAACAUAAUUUUUUUGAGAUGAAGACUCCACCACUGGAUCCUGUACUCUACAUGCUAAUCCUUCUGGAACUCCAAGUCCACCACUGAUCUGUACUAUGAAGUUCCUGUUAAUUUCUAUAUACAUAAUGAAUUCUGCGCUUUUUCUGAAGACAUGAUGGACCUCCAUGGACCAGUAUCCACACGAUGACAAGAGAUUAUUCAAGAAGAUGAUGAAAUUUCUGAUCUGAAGUGAGAAUUUCUGCAAAUGGAAAAUAUUUCUUCACCCACCAUCUUCUCUUAUGGAAGAUUAGACUGUAGACUGUAGUUGAGCGAGCAUGCUCGGCCGAACACCAGUUCGGCUCGAGCAUCGCGAUGCUCGGCC